GACCGUCUAGCCGGCGCUCAAGCGGCGGCGUGCGAGGCGGCGGCGGCAUGGCGGGCCGGCGGGUGAAUGUGAAUGUGGGCGUGCUGGGCCACAUAGACAGCGGCAAGACAGCGCUGGCGCGCGCGCUGAGCACCACAGCCUCCACCGCCGCCUUCGACAAGCAGCCGCAGAGCCGCGAGCGUGGCAUAACGCUCGACCUGGGCUUCUCCUGUUUCGUCGUGCCGUUGCCGGGAGCUGAACCCGGGACCGACGACACGCAGCUGCAGGUCACACUGGUCGACUGCCCCGGGCACGCCUCCCUCAUCCGGACCAUCAUAGGCGGUGCCCAGAUCAUUGAUCUGAUGAUGCUCGUGAUUGAUGUGACCAAGGGAAUGCAGACACAGUCCGCAGAGUGCCUUGUGAUUGGCCAGAUUGCCUGCCAGAAGCUGGUUGUGGUGCUGAACAAGAUAGACCUGUUAGCAGAAGGGAAGAGGCAGGCAGCAAUUGACAAAAUGACCAAGAAAAUGCAGAAGACUCUUGAGAACACCAAAUUCCGGAGUGCACCUGUUAUUCCUGUGGCAGCCAAGCCUGGAGGACCAGAGGCCCCUGAGACAGAAGCCCCACAGGGCAUCUCAGAACUCAUUGAGCUCCUGAAGUCCCAGAUAUCCAUCCCAGCAAGAGACCCCUCAGGACCGUUCCUUAUGUCUGUGGACCACUGCUUCUCCAUCAAGGGUCAGGGCACCGUGAUGACUGGAACCAUCCUUUCAGGCACUAUUAGCCUCGGGGACAGUGUGGAGAUCCCUGCCCUCAAGGUGGUGAAGAAAGUGAAGUCCAUGCAGAUGUUCCACACACCCGUCACCUCGGCCAUGCAAGGAGAUCGACUGGGCAUCUGUGUCACCCAGUUUGACCCCAAGCUGCUGGAACGUGGGCUGGUGUGUGCACCUGAGUCUCUGCACACCAUUCACGCAGCCCUCAUCUCUGUGGAAAAGAUCCCUUACUUUCGGGGGCCCCUGCAGACUAAAGCCAAGUUCCAUAUCACAGUGGGCCAUGAGACAGUCAUGGGUCGCAUGCUGUUCUUUAGCCCUGCUCCCGACAGUUUUGACCUGGAGCCCAAACUUGAUUUCUUCGACCUCUCCCGAGAAUACCUCUUUCAAGAGCAGUAUCUGUGCAAAGACUCCAUGCCCACAGCCACAGAAGGUGGUGAUGAGGUGGACAUGAAAGCGGGCCACACCCCAGGGGGCCAGUGCCCCAGGCAACAAUGGGCCCUAGUGGAGUUUGAGAAGCCAGUUACCUGCCCCCGACUAUGCUUGGUGAUUGGCUCCAGGUUGGAUGCUGACAUUCAUACCAACACAUGCCGGCUGGCCUUCCAUGGUGUCUUGCUACAAGGACUGGAAGAUAAGAACUACACAGAAAGCUUCCUGCCAGCACUGAGGGUAUACAAGCUGAAACACAAACAUGGUCUUGUAGAGCGGGUAAUGGAUGACUACAGUGUGAUUGGACGCUCCCUGUUCAAAAAGGAGACCAACAUCCAGCUCUUUGUGGGGCUUAAGGUGCAGCUGUCCACAGGGGAGCAGGGCGUCAUCGACAGUGCCUUCGGCCAGAGUGGCAAGUUCAAGAUCCACAUUCCUGGUGGCCUCAGCCCUGAGUCUAAGAAGAUCCUGACGCCUACACUCAAGAAGCGGAACCGAGCUGGCCGUGGGGAGACCACUAAGCAAGAGGAGGGCACCGAACGGCCAGAGCCCAUGCAGCCUGUGACACUCAGUCUGUCUUUCAAGCGCUAUGUCUUUGACACCCAGAAGCGCAUGGUACAGACUCCCUAAGUGAACCAGCCCCCAGGGCCUCCUGCCCAGCUGCAAGCCAGACUACAGUGCCAGAUCUCCCCCGACAUGCCUCAAUCUCCCCAAUCCUGUGGGCAGCCCCACUGAGAAAACCUGCCAUCCCUUCACCCACCUGGGAUAACAGCUAGGUCCAGUUAGGAAAGGGCCUUAGCAGAGCCAGCAGCCUGGGCCCCACAGGCUUCCCCAGUUAGGGUGUCUGCAGCCCUACCCCAAGUAGCUGGCACCCUGCAACUGGAAAUAAACAUCCCAUAUGUGACCUA